CCUCCUUCUCAUCCAUAUCAAUUCUUCGAAACCAUAAUCUGUAGUACUAGUAUCUUUUGUUGCAACUUUAAACCCUAGCUAAUCGUUUCACGUAAUCAAACGAAAUCCACAAAAUUUUCUCUCGCCGGCGGUCGAAUUCCCUGAGAGACCAGAAUAUACAAAUGGCAUCUUCGGAUGAUGAGGAUGGAAUAUUGCCUAGUGACGUAUCUAACUAUUACUUUCAAUAUGAUAAUGAGACAAUUUCAUUUGCUGAGUUGCCCCUGAAGUGGAAUGAUGAUGAGAGCUUGGAGGGAAACAAAAAAGAGAUUGAUUUGCAUGGCCAGACAGACAAUGGACUUCAGACAAUCUUUGAGCAAGUCAUAGCUUGGAAAUUCGAUAUUUCAUCUAGAGAGCCUGAGAUUUUGGUGCUGACUAGAAAGAAGAACUGGAUAAAGCUUCUGAAGCCAAGGAAAUUUUAUGAAAAAACCAUUAGAAAGAUCUUGAUUACUGUGCAUUGCCUAAGCUUUGUCAAAGGGAAACCUGAAACAUCAGCAAAAGUUCUACGGGAUCAUUUGACUAAAAAAUUCAGAUCAUUUGACGGCAGUCCUUCUGAGGAUGAUGUGAUGACCAAUUUAAUUACAGAAACUGUUAAGCGGGAUGAGAUUUUGGCCAGAGCCAAGGUUUUCAAUGACUUUCUAGAAGACAAGCCCAGGAAGAAGAAAAUUUUUGAGGAGGUUGGAACUACUGCAAAGUCUAGUUUCAUAGUGGACGAUGUUCCUGAUGAAAAUGGAGAAGAUGGCUCUGAUGAUGAGGAUGAGGACUUCUUUGAACAUGUUUGUGCAAUUUGUGAUAACGGUGGAGAUAUUCUCUGUUGUGAUGGGAAGUGUCUGAGGUCAUUUCACGCAACAGUAGACGCUGGUGCUGAGUCAAAUUGUGAAUCUCUUGGAUUUUCUGAUAAAGAAGUUAAGGCAAUGGCAAACCAAACUUUCUUGUGCAAGAAUUGUCAGUAUAAACAACAGUUGUGCUUUGUUUGUGGCGAGCUGGGGUCAUCUGAUAAAUCAGCUGGUGCUGAGGUAUUUCAGUGUGUUACUGGGACAUGUGGUUACUUUUACCACCCGCGUUGUGUAGCAAAAGCACUCAAAUUUAAGAUGGGAGAUAAAACAAAAGAUCUUGAGCGUGAGAUUGCUGCAGGGAAGACCUUCGUCUGUCCCAUCCAUACUUGCUUUGCCUGUAAAGAGCCAGAACCCGAGGACAAAACUGACUCGCAGCUGCAGUUUGCUGUAUGUAGACGUUGUCCAACAGCAUAUCACCGGAAAUGUCUGCCUAGGGACAUUGCUUUUGAGGAUGACGAAGAUCAAGGCAUCGAGCAAAGAGCUUGGGAAGACCUUAUGCCAAACAAAAUACUAAUUUAUUGCACAAAACACGAGAUCAAAGAAGAACUUGAAACUCCUAUCAGAAACCAUAUCAAGUUCCCAGAUAUUGAGGGGGAAAAAAGGAAACAAGAUGCAGAAUCUGUUGGCAAAGCAAAACUUGUGCAAAAGAAGACAGCUUUGCACAAAAAGAGAGAGAUUGCUUCGGAUGCUGCUGCUUCAAAGAAUAGUAUUGCAGAUAAAGUAAAAGUUUUCCCCAAGUCAUCCAUGGCAGUGAAGCAGCUUCAUUCUACCAAAACAAAUGGAGGAAGGUUAUCCAUACCAGAGUCUUCCAAGAAACGGAAAUUGGCUAAUGUUUCUAUGACAGAAUCAAAGAGGAGGCCCCCAAGGAAAGAUGGUAGAUCCAUUGGUGGUGAUAGCAAGGCCUUCUUGGGUGAGCAGUUGUAUGAGCAAUAUUAUAACAAGGAUUCUGGGCUUGCUACAUCGGUGGGAGGAUACACAUCAGAUAGGAAACAGCAAGUAAAAGCGGCUAGAUCUGUUUCAAAGGAAGCUGAUGAUUCACUGAUGCUGGAUGCUGAUUCUCAGGAAAGGAUUCUUUCCUUUGUGAGAGAAGCUGAAUCGAAAAUAACACUAGAUGAUGUUAUCAAAGAGCACAAACCCCCAUCAACGCAUGGAUCCUCGUUAAAGAAUAUAAUACAAAGUAUAACUUUGGGGAAGGUUGAAGGUUCUAUUGAGGCACUUCAUGCUGCUUUACAGAAGUUGGAAGAAGGAGGCAGUCUUGAAGAUGCAAAAGCCGUUUGCGAGCCUGGGCUUCUCAAUCAGAUGGUAAAGUGGAAGAGUAAGCUCAGAGUUUAUCUUGCUCCAUUUCUAUAUGGUACGCGUUACACAUCCUUUGGUCGCCAUUUCACCAAAGUGGAGAAGCUGCAAGCAAUUGUUGACAAGCUUCACUCGUAUGUGGCAGAUGGUGACACGGUUGUUGAUUUCUGUUGUGGUGCCAAUGACUUCAGUUGCCUAAUGAAACUGAAGAUGGAUGAAAUGGGAAAAAGCUGCAAUUUUAAAAACUACGACAUUAAACAAGCAAAGAAUGAUUUUAAUUUUGAGAAGAAGGAUUGGAUGACUGUCCAGAAAAGUGAUUUGCCAUCAGGAUCAAAGCUGAUCAUGGGGCUUAACCCACCUUUUGGAGUAAAAGCAUCUCUUGCUAACAAGUUCAUUGAUAAAGCCCUUCAAUUUAAGCCAAAGCUGCUUAUCCUUAUUGCGCCACAGGAGACUCUUAGGUUGGAUGAGAAGAAAAAUCCUUAUGAUCUUGUUUGGGAGGAUGAUAAGUUGCUUGCCGGAAAAGCAUUUUACUUACCAGGGUCUAUUGAUGUAAAUGACAAGCAAAUGGAGGAUUGGAAUGUCAACACCCCACCCCUUUAUCUUUGGAGUCGCCCAGAUUGGACAGUCAGACACAAGAAAAUUGCUCGACUGCAAGGCCACUUGCCCUGUGCAGAAAAAAUGAUGAGGCUGGAGGAUGAGAGUAGCAUCCCUGAUUGCCACAUGGAACCUCGUGAUCUUCACUGUAAUUCUACCAUGCUAGCAGACUCUGUUGGUCUCCAGGAUGUUUAUCAACCGGCAGAAAGAGGAGCAAAGCUGGUAGAAAGUCAUGUUGAAGGAUUUUCCAAUGGUAGAGGGGAUGAACAGACUCCCGAGGAUCAUAGCCAUAAGGAUCAAGCCAACGGCAACUGGGAGGACAGAAACAAGACUAGGAUAACACGCGGAAAAGGGAACGAAGGAAGACCCAAGGAUCAUGCCCACAAGCAUCGGCGGGCAAAAGGUAACUAUGAGGGGGGAAACAAGCAUAUGAGAAGACACGGAGGAGGAUCUGACAUAAAAUCUCCAGAUAGCAAGUCUCUGCCCCGUCAUUCCUCUCCUAGUUCUUCUUGCAGAUCAUGGGGCCGGUCUGAGAAUACUGAGAUGCCCUUGCAUCUUGAUGCGUGGAGAGAAGGUUAUCAGCAAUUAGAGCACCAGAGAGUUUCCGGUUUGCAAAAGCAGCAUUAUAGCUAUCAAGAUGAUGGGAUGGUGAUGCAUAACAGCUUCAGCACUGAGGCGGCUUACUUAGAUAUGGGGAGCACAUGGCAACACCGUGUUGGUCCUAGGUCGGAUUAUGGGUUUGGGGCCCCAGACAUGCAGUUUUUGAAUUACCAGAGUAAUCACACCAGUGGUUUGGGGGGUCAUGGAGCACAAUUUAGCGAAAGGAACGAGGCGUAUGGAGUGCAGCCAGAUGGAAGGACUCAGGUUCAGGCUCGAUUUUAUGGUCACGAGUAUCCAAAUUCCAUGAGUCACGGAACCCACUACAUGGCAAGCCCUGCCCCUGGCUUCUCAUCUGUAUACGCACAGAUAGGAGCUUAUUCUGGGCAUAAUAGUACGAGUACAUCUUCUGUGCAUCAAUACGCGCCCAGGUUGGACGGGUUAAACGCUCCCACGGUGAAUAGCAUGGGAUCUGCCCAGCAUUUGGAUGGUCGAAGUGGAUUUUACAACACAGCCCCUCAUCCUGGGCGCGGAUCUGGGGAGCUGGGUUUUGCUCCUGGUCCUUAUCGCCCCUAUUCGAAGCAGAAUUCGUCGGGUUGGCUGAACGAGUAGAUACGCUGCCGUCUUUUAUAAUAUGACUUUAUAGUACUUUAUAGGAUUUUUUUUUUCCCUUUGGUUCUUGUAUUUUGGCUUCAAGAGGCGAUGCCUCGCGGGAUCGCUGGUUCCAAAUUUGCUGUGACAAUAAUUAUGAAGUAGUAUAGUAAAUAUAUUUUUUAAAAA